CUUGGAUGCAUUUGUUUAGUAUUCGAUUCUUUUUUGGUUUCAGGAUUGGACACAGUAUGAUAACUGAUACUGAGCAGAGGGGUCUUAUAACACCAGGGAAGAGCAUUCUGGUGGAGCCAACUAGUGGAAACACUGGCAUUGGACUUGCAUUUAUAGCUGCUUCAAAAGGAUAUAAGCUCAUAUUGACAAUGCCAGCCUCAAUGAGUCUAGAAAGAAGGGUUCUUUUUAAAGCUUUUGGAGCUGAGCUUGUUUUGACUGAUUCUGCUAAGGGGAUGAACGGAGCAGUUCAGAAAGCUGAAGAAAUUUUGAAUAGCACGCCAGGUGUGAACCCUAUUGGCGUCCACAAUGUCCUCGAAGUUUCUGACACAGAGUUCUUGUUUUAGUCAAAGCUUCCACAUAUUAUUUACUCGUAGAAUUGUUUCUUUUUGUUCUUGCUAAAACUAGGGUGUUUCAGUUUGAAUUGGAAUGUAGUUCUAUAAAUAGGAUGUAUAUAAUGUACACUAGUGUUUUGGGAAAUUUAAGAAAUUUUGAAAGUAGGUUGUUUG